CCGUUGGCGGCGGUGGCGGAGGCGGCGGCGGCGGCGGUCGUCGGGCACCGAGCCUACGGCUGGUGAACGGAAGGGCGACCACGGGGGUGAGUUUGCACACCAGCAGCACCGAAUCCGUGCGCUCUCCCCAUCACCAGCUGGGCCAGCAGAUCGGCAACAACAACUGCCACGCCGGUAACAACCCCGCCGCGAACAAUCAUCCACGGCUCAACAAAGAUGACAGCAUCAAGAUCAGCAUCGAGAACACCAACACGUGCACGGACAGUCUCGUCACUGCUCUAGACGACGAGACCCUGCUCAUCACCGAUUUCCUGGGCGACACAGGCAACGAAAUGAAUUACAAGGGCAGCGGGAAGGUCCACUUCGGGGUGGACGACGUGUCCCUCUAUGGGACGCCAAAGGAGGAACCGGGCCCGGGCCUCCCGGGCCAGGAGGUCAAGCAGAGCUUCCUGAAGAAUCAGCUUCAGGCCCUGUUCCAGCCGACGGACAACAAGUUGGCUAUGAAGCUCUUCGGUAGCAAGAAGGCGCUUAUGAAGGAACGAAUCAGACAGAAAGCCGCAGGUCACUGGGUCAUCCAUCCUUGCUCCAGUUUUCGAUUCUAUUGGGACCUCUGCAUGCUCCUCCUACUGGUAGCUAAUCUGAUAAUUCUGCCAGUCGCCAUUAGUUUUUUCAAUGACGACCUAAGCACUAGAUGGAUAGCCUUCAACUGCCUUUCCGACACAAUAUUCCUUGUAGACAUCGUCGUCAACUUCAGGACGGGUAUAAUGCAGCAGGAUAAUGCCGAACAGGUGAUACUGGAUCCGAAGUUAAUCGCGAAACACUACCUCAGGACUUGGUUCUUUCUCGACCUCAUCUCCUCCAUACCACUAGACUACAUUUUCCUCAUAUUUAAUCAAUUUCAGGACUUCAGCGAGUCCUUCCAGAUCCUGCAUGCUGGACGUGCUCUCAGGAUUCUCAGGCUUGCAAAACUAUUGUCACUCGUUAGGUUACUACGCUUAUCAAGACUGGUGCGGUAUGUCUCGCAAUGGGAAGAGGUCUAUAUCCCCCUUUAUCAACAGCCGGAGAGGCACUACGAGCGUCGGGCGACCGACGCCCCGUACCAACCAGACCGAACCAGCAAGAUAUUGCAGAACCUACAAAAAAAACGCACUGAGCGGAGGGGGCGCCUAAGUUCUGAUAUGACUAAAAAGAAGUCCGGUUUCAGCAAAAGCGAACUUAUUUUUAAGUUCCUGAAUAUGGCGUCGGUGUUCAUGAGGAUUUUUAACCUGAUCUGUAUGAUGCUCCUAAUUGGCCAUUGGAGUGGCUGCCUGCAAUUCCUGGUCCCCAUGCUUCAAGGAUUUCCCAGUAAUUCAUGGGUGGCCAUUAACGAGUUACAGGACUCGUUUUGGCUGGAACAAUACUCGUGGGCUCUCUUCAAAGCCAUGUCGCACAUGCUGUGUAUCGGGUACGGUAGGUUUCCGCCACAGUCCUUGACCGACAUGUGGCUCACCAUGCUCAGCAUGAUCAGCGGUGCGACGUGUUACGCUCUUUUCCUCGGACACGCGACGAAUCUCAUUCAAUCUCUCGAUUCCUCGAGAAGACAAUACCGCGAGAAGGUGAAACAAGUAGAGGAAUACAUGGCCUAUCGAAAACUACCGAGAGAAAUGAGACAGAGGAUCACGGAGUAUUUCGAACACCGGUACCAAGGAAAGUUCUUCGACGAGGAGCUGAUCCUUGGAGAGCUCUCGGAAAAAUUGAGAGAAGAUGUGAUAAACUACAACUGCAGAUCGCUGGUAGCGUCCGUGCCCUUCUUCGCUAACGCCGAUUCGAAUUUCGUCUCGGAUGUCGUGACGAAACUCAGAUACGAAGUCUUCCAGCCAGGUGAUAUCAUCAUUAAGGAGGGUACGAUCGGCUCGAAAAUGUACUUCAUACAAGAAGGCAUAGUCGAUAUCGUGAUGGCGAACGGCGAAGUCGCGACCUCGUUAUCGGACGGGUCUUACUUCGGCGAAAUCUGUCUGCUGACGAACGCGAGGAGGGUGGCGUCGGUCCGAGCGGAGACCUACUGCAAUCUCUUCAGCCUCUCGGUGGACCAUUUCAACGCCGUGCUGGACCAGUAUCCCCUGAUGCGCAGAACGAUGGAGAGCGUUGCCGCGGAGAGGUAUAAGCUUUGGCUAAACAAGAUCGGGAAGAAUCCUAAUCUGGUGGCUCAUCGCGAGGAGGAUCUUGGCAGCGAAUCAAAAACGAUAAACGCCGUAGUAAAUGCGCUGGCGGAGCAGGCCGCCCAUGCUAGCGCCAGUGAGGAAUCAGUACAUAGUAUGGAGCUCAGAACGCUGCCGGGUUGCCUCUUGCCCAGACCAAAGUCUGAGAACAAUUUCGCGAGCCAAGAACUUACGAGGGAAGGACGGAGAAUGUUUCACAAGAGCGACACUUUCCACAAGGAUUCGUAUCAAUGA